CAGAAAUAAAUCCAGCUUCAUCAUGUAAUAUAAUUUGCUAAUUCCUAUAUAUAACCAUAUGCUUAUAAUAGCCAACUCAGACCAAAUAAAACCGUUAAUAAUCAUUGCAUUUCUUUUUUUGCAUUCAUCUCUCUCCCUUGAGCCAUCUUUUUUUCCCUUCAAAGAAUCUUCUCUGCUGUUUUCUUGGCUGCUCUUUGUUUCAUCCUUUCCAAACAGCAUUGAAAGAAAAACUCUUUGAGGAAUGCUGAAAGAUGUACUUGAACUUUUGUAACUCUUUCUGCGGAUUCUGCGAAACUGAAUUGCGAUUUCGGUUGCUUCCAUUAUCCACCCUUUGCGAGGUUGGGUAUUCAGCACACGACAGAUGUGCACCUGAGGUUCGAAUGGAUUCAGGAUCCACAAAUGUUGCUGACGGCUGAGUGAUUGCGCACUAGAGAUAUUUGUAGCAGCAGGAGGUACUUUUGUAUCAUCUGUUAGGAUUCGACAUUGAAAAUGGAGCGUAAAGGGAAUGUGUUGAUGCAGAGAUAUGAUUUUGGAAGAUUGUUAGGCCAAGGAAACUUCGCUAAGGUUUACUACGCGAGGAGCCUUAAAAAUGGCGAGAGUGUUGCUAUUAAGGUGAUUGACAAGGAGAAGAUUCUGAAGGUGGGGCUAAUUGAUCAGAUCAAGAGAGAGAUAACUGUUAUGAAAAUGGUUAAGCAUCCAAAUGUGUUGCAGCUUUACGAGGUUAUGGCCUCGAAAGCGAAGAUUUACUUUGUCAUAGAAUAUGCGAAAGGCGGCGAGCUCUUCAAGAAAGUAGCUAGAGGAAAGCUGAGAGAAGAUGUGGCAAGAAACUAUUUUCAACAGCUAAUUAGUGCAGUUGAUUUUUGUCAUAGUAGAGGUGUCUAUCACCGGGAUUUGAAACCCGAAAACUUGUUACUUGAUGACAAUGGAGUUUUAAAGGUGUCGGAUUUCGGAUUAAGUGCAGUUGCUGAGUCAAAGUCUCGAGAUGGUUUGCUUCAUACAACCUGUGGAACUCCUGCAUAUGUUGCUCCUGAAGUUAUCGGUGGAAAAGGCUACGACGGUGCAAAAGCCGACAUUUGGUCUUGUGGAGUGAUCUUAUAUGUUUUGCUGGCCGGGUAUCUUCCUUUCCAUGAUGCCAAUCUAAUUUCGCUGUACAAGAAAAUAACCAGGGCAGAUUACAAAUUUCCUAGCUGGUUUUCACAGGAAUCGCGCAGGCUUAUAUGGAAAAUGCUUGAUCCUAACCCGAACACUAGAAUUUCCAUUGCAAAAAUAACAGAGAAUCCCUGGUUCCGAAAAAGUUUUAAUCCUAAACCAGUCCCGGAUAAAACUGAUGCUGAGAAAUUGGAUUAUUCUUUAGUUGCUGAUACAAAUUUGAGUUCGGAUUUAGGCAAGCCUACUAGUUUGAACGCGUUUGAUAUUAUCUCACUGUCCAGUGGAUUUAACUUAUCCGGUUUAUUUGCCAAAAGCUACCAAGAUCAAGAAACAAAGUUCACAUCAAUGCAUUCAGCUUCAGCAAUCGUAUCAAAGCUCGAGGACAGCGCAAGGCAACUGAGGCUCGAAGUAAAGAAGCAGCACGGAGGGCUGCUGAAACUGCAGGGUUCUGAAGAAGGCAGAAAAGGCGCAUUGACGAUAAAUGCAGAGAUAUUCGAAUAUACUCCAUCUUUUCAUUUGGUGGAGGUGAAAAAAUCAGGUGGUGACACACUUGAAUAUCUGCAGAUAUUGGAGGGUUUAAGACCGGCUCUUAAGGACAUCGUUUGGGUAUGGCAAGGGGAGCAGCAAGAACACGAGCAAAAACUCGUCGAAUCGUUCUAGUAAGAUGUUUUAUUCAAUAAUUCUAUGCAUUAACUGUGCUUUUGAUAGUCAUUUCUGAUUCUGUGUGUGGUUUGGUUUAGCAUAAUAAUAAAAUGUUGUAUUUGGUUUAUUCUUUAAUCAACAAGUUUUGUAGCUUUGUCAUUGUGAA